CAAGGUUUAUUUCGAGAGCGAUCGUCUGGUACGGCUUCACCACGUUGUGAACUUGUGAAUUGCGUUGCUUUCGGCUGUUCAUGAGUCGCAAUUGCUGUCUGCGAGAAGAGAAAGGCCGAUGACGAUCUGGCAAGGUCCGGACACCCUGCACAGGACUCAAUGGAAGGCUGCAGCACGGGAAAAAGCGACUGUGCCGCUGACGCCUUCAUACAGUCUUAUCUCGCUUAUACUUGACAGCGGCAUCAACGCUAGCAUGCGGGAACCACAGCGCCUCCACCUCACGGAGCUCGCCCCCUCCAAUCGAUGGCAGUUCACUAAGAAAUCGAGACAGAGAUUGAUUGAAGGAGAAAUUGGACACGGGAAACUCGCUCAGGGGCCGCGACAUGUGAACGGGACAAUUGUGGUUCCUGAAAUUCAUCAUGAAUGCCGCCUCUGGUCAUCUUUGUUCACGACUCAAACUUUGCCGAUGCGUGCCGUGCAGUGCAGCAGUUCACCCAAAACACGCAAAAAGUCGCUGCUCUCGCUCUCACAGACCAUCAACUGCCCCUUCCUCCCUCGUGGCAGCAAGAACUGCAAGUCACUCACAUGUAUCUGUCUGCGACACCGGUUUUCGAUCUGCCGUCACAAAUCUUUGCGACUCAUGACCAUGCAGAAGUCGAAAAGACGUAGAACGCCAUCUUUGGAUACUUUCAGAACCAAUUUUAGGACCGUGCAAGCCCGUCUCCAGUUCGCUGCAGGUGAGUUUGGUUGACUGAAGCAAGAAAAGCGGCCAGGGGUGAUAACGAGACACCGACGAUCGCAGCGGUCUGGCGACGACCGUGUGUUGCACGAGGUGAUGCUUCUUUGAGCCGCGAGUGGCGAUCAAGAGGUUGUGUGACAUUCGGGUGGGCUUCUGGAUGGGAAAAGUAAGG